AUGAAGAACUUUGGGACCCUCGCAGCUUUCGCUGCCGGCGCACAAGCUCUAGUUGCCCGUGAUGAUAGCUGCUGCUUCCAUCUUAAUGCUUCAGGGGAUAAGACAGGCCCUGUUGGCCAAUUGAGUGAUGGUCAAAACCGCAUCGGCGAUGAUAGCUUGUCUCCCGCACAGUAUUGUAUCAGCUCUGAUGGCUCCAUCACUGAUGGAAAUGGCCGUGGUUGCAUUCUUACUCCCCCUACCACUCAGCUUCAGUGUGAUGUUGGUGCCACUCCCACUCCAGGUUUCUCCGUUAGCCCUUCUGGCAUGCUGGAGUAUAAUGGAAGCCCGGACUUCGUUGCCUGUGAGACCGGCCAGAACGCAGGCCUGAACAUCUACACCACCGAAAGCUCCGAUCUCAGCCAGUGCAGCAAGGUUAUGCUGAACGCCGACUCUUGUGCCGCUCCUUCCGCCCCGGCUCCUCCCCCGUCAACGGACAACAACUGCCCAACCACCCUGAGCUCGGGUAACUUUGAGUUCCCUCAUUUGAUUGUGCCGGUGGACUCCAAGUCCCCCGACACAGCCUCCGGCACUCAGUUCAACGGCACUGUCACCUCGUCAAUCUCAAGUAUCUUCAACUUUGAUAUUCCACAGUCUGACUCGGGCAAGACUUGCAGCCUGGUCUUCCUCUUCCCCGAACUGAAGGAUCUUGAGACCUCGUCUUAUAGCUUCAGCGGUGACGGCAAGAUUGAUUUUGCUAAGCUCUCCAAGCCUGCUGAUACGAAGACCACAUUCAACAACGCCCCCUCGGUUGAGCAUGAUCUUGGCGAUAUUACUAUCUCGCCUGGCAACUCUUAUGUCGUUUCGACCUUCUCCUGCCCUGCUGGCGAAGCUGUGGCCUACGAGAUAAAGAAUGCUGGUAGCACUGAUCUCAACUACUUCCAGGACUACAACCCCUCUCCUCUUGGUCUGUACAUCACCGUCUGUUAA